UCUAUGUACCUGCAUAAAAUAGUUGUACCUUGCCAAAAUCAUUCUGAUUUUUCAUUCAUUCAAAAUUAUUCUUUGGAAAUUUCCAAAAACCUUUUUUUACGUCUAAACGUGCUUCACUGUAAUGCCUCUCCCAUCUUCCAUGUCACCUCAAAACGGCUACCGACAGGAUGUCUGGAAUCCCGGGUGGCCGUACGGACCACGCAACGCUCUGUUUUACCAGUCGCAGCGAGCGUUGUUCGUACGCGAUGAUUACUGCGGCGAUCAGAACGAGCGCUACCGAAAGAACAGUUUCGGUAGCAGUCUGGAUGGACACAUCGAGGCGCCCCUGACAGGACGCGGGAGCAUUUUACACAACGCAGAUGCCAUGGCCAAACAAAUGGCUAUGGAUGCACGCGCCAGGACUGCUCGUGACGCGGAUACCUUGACCAGAAACAUGGACAUGGAUACGCGCGGUGGAUAUGGAUACAUGUCCAACGUGGAGUACCGAUCGCGCCAUGCCCAACCGGCCACCAGUACGUGGUCGGCGAACGGUUCGAAUGCUGUAAGGCAAGGAUCAGGCCCUUCCACAUCCAAGUACGAGCACCAGUAUACCGGUUAUGGUUAUCCCGGAGCAGCGCGCCCGUCCAAAAAGGUCGAAGUUCACGAUUCACCGGCAUAGCACACCAAAUGCCGGAUUUGCUGUUAACUGUCCAGUUCGCUUUA